AACGGAUAACCAGGAAAAGGAUUGUUCCCUUACCCAUCCUCCCCGUUCUUUUCCAAUCCCCACCUUCCUGCUCUCCCACAAUUCCUGAAUGUUGGACCUGCCUAUUUUGGCUUCUACUGGCAUGACUGACGGCUGGCUAAAUAUGCAGUCAGAGGAAGAAAAAAGUCAGGACAACAGCAUGAUGGAUUCGGGCAACCUGGACGACAGCUUGACCAGUCUACAGUGGCUUCAGGAAUUCUCCAUCAUCAAUGCAAACAUGGGCAAGUCAUCCUCUUCCCUAUGCAGCACAGAUCCUCAUGGUUAUCACAAAAUACCUGGCUCGGCUGCACCAUGUUCUCCCCUAGCUGGUGAUCCAGCUUGCAUGGGAAUGCCCCAUACCCCUGGCAAGCCAAUUUCCUCUUCCACAUCCAGGACUGCACAUCUACAAGGCCAGCCACUAGAAAACAUAGAUUACAAGACCAACCCUCAUGUGAAACCUCCUUACUCUUAUGCUACCCUCAUCUGUAUGGCAAUGGAAGCAAGCAAGAAAACAAAAAUCACCCUCUCAGACAUCUAUAAAUGGAUUACUGAUAAUUUCUGCUAUUUCCGGCAUGCUGACCCUACAUGGCAGAAUUCCAUUAGGCACAACCUGUCCUUGAAUAAGUGCUUCAUCAAGGUGCCCCGAGAGAAAGAUGAACCGGGAAAAGGUGGCUUCUGGAAGAUUGAUCCUCAGUACGCAGACAGACUGAUGAACGGAGCUUUCAAAAAACGCAGGAUGCCCCCUGUGCAGAUACAUCCAGCCUUUACCGGAAGAAUCCAACAGGAUGCAAGUUCCAGUUCUUCAGCUCACCAAUCGGCAACCUCUUGGAAAAACAGCAGCAUCCUGAAGAUCAAUGUAGAGUCCCAGCAGCUGCUCAAAGAAUUUGAAGAAGUGACCAGUGACCAGAACUGGAACCCAGCAGAUGGAAAAAUGAGCCAUAAACGCAAGCAGCCGCUGCCAAAACGAAUGUAUAAGGCAGCCCGCUUCUCCAGCUCCCCUAUGCUUACUCAGGAAGAACAGACAGAGCUUGGCUCUCUCAAAGGUGAUUUUGACUGGGAGGCUAUCUUUGAUACCACCUUAAAUGGUGAUUUCUCUACCUUUGAGGAUCUAGAAAUUACUCCUCCAAUCAGCCCGAUAACCAGGGAUGUAGACUUGACAGUGCAUGGAAGACAUAUCGAUUGCCCACAGGAGUGGUGCCCAGCUGGGCAAGAUUACGUGCUCACAGAAUCUAACCAGAGUAGCUUGGACUUUGAUGAAACAUUUAUUGCCACUUCUUUUCUUCAGCAUCCCUGGGAUGAAGGGAGAAAUGAUUACCUCUCAAAUUCUGUCAACAUGGAUCCACUAUUUGAACUCAGUGACCCUUCUUUGCAAACAGAAAUGAAUGACUGGAGCAAUGCUGGGUGUCUUUAAUGAAAGACCGUUCCCUGAUUGGAAGGUUCAAGAUUAACCAACUCUUAAGAACAAGAUGGUCCCAGAGCUGCAGGACUUGACAAAAGAAAGAAUCCAUGACCAAAUGAGACAGCUUUAGUAUUGGGACCUGCUGUCUCACUGAAAAGUUAGGGUGGGUGGGAAAAUAAGAUCUGGAUAAUUGGGGCUGGAUGUAUCUCAAAGUAACACAUUUGAUAUGGGGAACACUAUACCCCAACAGAUAACAAAUAAUAAUAAUACAGUGUCUAUUUGUGUUCUUUUAAAGAAAUACAGGUUUUUUUUCUAUUGGGGGCUAGAGGGAAAUGAAAAGAGGAUAAUUUCUUUGUGGGAGAAGGGAGGACAUUUGAAGAGGUUGGAAGAGCAGGCCUUUUCUGAUGAUUAGCGUAUAUUAGAUCAUUGACCGUUUCCUCUUCCUUCCUUCUUUCUUUCCUUUCUUGGGUAAGUGUGCUUGUAUUUGUUUUUCCCAGGGAAGAUCGCUAGCUAAAACAUGGGACAAUCUAGCAGGCAAGUACAAUUUCCAUCUCUGUUCAAGGAGUUGCAACCACCUGUCUACCACACUAGAUCAAUUUAGAUUUUAAAACAUAUAUGCUGUGAAAUAAAUCAAUAGGUCAAGUUGUUUCCAGCUUUUAAAACAGAAGCUAUUAUCUAUCUAUAGACCUGUAAUGGAAGUUAUAUUUUUAGCUACAGAGGGCACAAUCAGUAGAGUAUUGGGUUGGGUAGGGAGGGAAGACUAUUUGUAAUAAUGGAAAUUCAGAUUGAAGUGUAUCAAAUGCUUGUUAUUCAGAGGGAAAUAUAAUACAUACGUGGGAACAUCUGCCACUAGAUUUUUUUAAAAAAAUCUAUACAUGGGACUUGAUUUACUCUAGAUGUUCCUUUUUACUUAUUUUUGUAUCUAAAAUACUUCUUGACUGACUCUGUAUGCUGUAAUACCUAGACAUAAAAGUCAAAGUAGGUAAACCCUCUGAUGUUAAAGUUUAUUUUAAAAACAUUACACCUUUUUAGAAGUAGAAGCUUAUGAAGGGAUUUGUGGCAUGCUUCAACAACUCAGUCACCAGCUCAGUUGGCUGAUUAUGUAGGGCUCUAUUUUCUUGUCUUUUGGUCAACCAUCAGAAUUGCUAAAACAUUUCUCUGCUUUAAGUUAUGCCUUGUCUUAUGUGACUCACCAACCAGUAGCAAUGUAGAACUGAUUAAUGUAAGCAAACCAAAACUACUCAUAAUUGUCAUGUUCUUUUGUGUUUCUACACUACAGCGGAACACUAUAGACCACUAUACAUACAGCAGAAAAUACUAAAGAAAGAACAACUUAAAUCUUCACUCCGAUGAGUUACUUUUGCUUUUGAACUAAAACUGAACUUUCCUGUCAUCUAACUAGGCACUUUUAGCCUAGAAUCAGCUGUCAUAAUAGCCUUUGAAUGUAUUCAAAUAAAGUAAAAUGAGGACAUUUAGGGUAGUUAUGUAAAAUAUGUCUUGAAAAAUAAUAGCCUUAUUAGAGACACCACAAUGGUAUUUCAUAGAAGUUAACUUUUUAAAGGAGCUUCUUCAAUGGGUCCAUUCGGGUUAAGGCUCAGCAUCCAAGUAGAAUUUACAAUACUGAAAAAUUCUGCACCAUUUUUUCUUGCCUACAUAUCUUUAAAGCUGUUAACCUACAAAAUGCUACAAAAUGCAUUUUGAAAUAUGUAUAUUUUCAUACGCUUAGUCACUCUUAAACCUCUGGUGUGGAAAGAGUCACAUCCUCAGGGCAAAAGUUAUGGUGCUACAUUAUUCUACAGCAAAUGCAAUGAUUUGUGUGUGAUAAAAAACACGCUUCUGAUCAAAUCUGUACAGAGAAAAUAAAAACAUGUGCCCUUAGAUUAUGUAAAUGAAAGAGCUCAUUUUGAAUAUUUUGCAUGCUCUUAAUUUUAGAAAUUACCCACAUCAUGGAUACAUGUAUUACCUUCUGCAGAAACAGAGAAUCUAAAUUUAGAGCUUUGUGCUGUGCCACAAAUAUUAAUGCUGAAUUCACAUUUAGUCUGCACAGAAAAAUGUAUUAUUAGUUUGGCACUACAAAAGUCUUUUAACAAUUAUUCUCACAGUGAUCCUGCUUUCAGUCGUCCCUCUCUCUCUAGAGAGAGAGAGAUUUCAAGGCCUUUCCAAAUCAGCUGGAGAGUAAGCGUGACUGAGGCAUGCACAAUAUAUGUGCACGUGAUUUGGGUUUGUUUUGCACUGCCUACACGAUUUCUCCUGAGGCUUCUGAUCAUGCAACAUGAAAAUCAAAAAUUUGUAUUUGGAGGAAAUGGAGUAUUUUCCUCAAUCUGUACUGAGCAGUCUAGAAGAAAAUGACCAACUGGCAGUUUCUAGAUUGCAUCCAUCCUCAAAGAUUAUUUGAUGUACUCUCCAAGAGUCUGCAGGUUUUUGUGGCCUGCAGUUCUGGGCAACAAAUUAGGUCUCUAUUUAAGGGAAAUAAAGUACACAUACUCAUGAUUCUUCUGGAACAACUUUGAGGCAUAUGGAAAAAUCUUGGAAAUAUUCCCUGAAAUAAAUUUGCAUAUGGAAUCGGUAGUGCAAAAAAAAAA